AUGGACCUUGGAGCCCGUGGGUGCAUCUCUCUAGCUGUGCGGCUGCUUGCCUGGAGCCGUCUGUCACACGGUUGCUAUGGGAUUGAGAACCGUCACUUCAGGAGGGGAGGUGGGGGGACUUUCUGUUGCGACCAAAGCUGCAGAGCAGCUUCAAAACCCAACCUCAAGCCUCUACCCACCACAGAGCAGAGCGGGCAGGACAGCUGUCUAAGCAGCUCCUGAGAUAGAAGAGACAGUCUGGCUGCUCAAGUCUCCAGAAUAGCUCAUUGGGGAAUAAGUCAGAUAUUCUCAAUCUCACACUACACGUGAGAUAGGUCUGAUAAAAUAGAUAAUCGUGGUAUUGGAGACGGCAUCAACAAUGUGGUCUUAAUUCCACAAAGAUCACCCCUCACCCCGUCCAGGCAUAAAUCAGGCUGUAUACAUGGAGGUCCUGACAUCUUCACAUCAGGAUGGUGAGGACUUGUGUCAGGGCGAGGGCAAGGUUGGCCUGGUGAGGAAACUCACGAGAGGAGGUCCUCCCAAAUUAUUCCUCAUGAAGAAUAAGAGCAGAGCCCUGAAGACAGAGAAAGGGGCUCAGGUACUCGACAGGCCUGGAGCGCUAGAGUGUCCGGCGAGAAUCGAGGCCCAGGUAACUCAGAAAGCUGAUCCACAGCAAGGUGAUGGUGUCCUGGCCGGGAGAGACUCCUCAGAGACUGUCGAGGUCUUACACCAUCAUACAAACCGAGCCAUUGAGGAGCCAGUCCACGAAGGUCCCAGAGGGAAAGCCAGACCCAUUGCAGAGAGUAACCAAGACCCCGUUCAUUGCUCUUCACUCUUCCCCACCAAAGGAGAGCCUCUGAAUGGCCAACCAGAGGCCGGAAUGAAAGAAGCUGAGAGCCUGACACACGCUGAAAAGCAAACGUUAAUGGGGGAGGGGAGAGGACCGAGAUGCCUGAAGUGGGUGCGAGGCUCCAGGGGUGUGUGGGCAGCCCUCAUCUGUGUCAGAAAAUCUCAGAAGAAACCAAGGGCAGCCCAGAGUGAGGAGUGGUCUGUCUGCAAAGCCCCGCACAUGGGUGGCUCUGUUGAGCUGAGAAACGGGGCAGAAGCACAUGAGGAUGUCUCCCACACGCAGGGCAAGUGUGACCAAGGUAUGAGAGAGGGUAAAGGCAGGAGACCAGGCAAGCUGAAGAGAAAGGGUACAGGCCGAAAGUGGGCGUCAUUCAGGCACAUGCUGGCUUCCAGACAAGGCACUGAAUUGAUCUCAGGUUCCCAGAGUCCUGGGGAAAACUCCGCAGCCAACCGCACAGACCCCCUGGGGAAGCUACUCAGAGGCACAAAGAGGAGAGCAUGGAGCCCGAGAACAAGAGGGGUGUGUGCGAGAGCCAAUGACAGCGCUUCGAACACCACGUGUCCCCGAUCCCCAUCACUGAGCCAGGAGCGGGUUCUGGAUCUCGCUCCAGCAGGAACCUCCGAACAGCACCCGACUGGAACCCACUGCGAGAACUCACAAGGCGGGGAAAGUGUUGGAGAGGCUCCGCCAGCGACAGCUCAUGGCCAGACAGAGAGAGGACAAACGAAUGCUGGCUUCCAACCCAGAGAGAAGCCAGCACAGGAAGCGGUGACCAGCCCAGGGCCAGCAGGGACUGACACACGGCAACCAAUGGGGCUCUGUCAGGCCACCACGAGGGGCAACUCUUCAGCGCCUGCCCAGGACAGUGGGCAGAGCCUGGCUCAGGGCUCCCAGAGCUCAUAUCCUGCAGAAUCGAGGAGCCAAGAGAACGGGGAAGACCCUUGUGCCCAAUGCUCCUCCCCAGCCAGAGGGACUGAGGGUCGGGCAGGGAUAAGUGCCAGCUGUCAGGCUGCUGGUCUGCAAGAGGCCAGGGGUGGGCUUCAGGGCACUGCCCCCACAGGCCGGAACCAGCCUGGGAGCCACUCUGCCCCCUGUCAUCAGCUCAACAGGGGUGGAGAUCAGGGGCUUGGCAAUGAGCAGGGGUUGAGGGCAGAGAAUGGGGGUUUGUGGGGAGGUUGCCUGCAGCCCCCGGGGGCCGGUGCAUGGGAGACGCUAAUUUCCCAGACCGCACAACGCAUCGUGGAAUCUGCUAUCCAGGGGGCCGUGAGGCAGUUGAUGGAGGACAUGGAGCUGAAUGGCUGCCCCCCAGACCUGCCCCCGGCCAGUGCCGCCACCAGGUCCCGAGAGCUGGGGGAGACCAGACUGGCAGACACCGGGGGGGAAAUCACACGAUUAGCAACCUGUGGGCAUCCAGGCAGCCUGUGUCCUGCAGGAUCUGCCCUAGGGACACAGGAAGAGGAAGGACCAGUCUGCCCGGGGCUCGCCCUUGGUACUGAACUGCCAUACAUCUGUGAUGGCCACUUGCCGGUUCCCGCAGCCCACAUCGUACACACCUGCACUAAACUUCUGUUCUUCAAAGGGAUUUUCUUCCUCAUUCCCUUUGUCACCCCUCCACACUCCCAGGCCGUGGCUCAGCCUCAGGGAGUUUGUCUGCAGAACUGUUAG